AUGGAGUGCUGUAUACCAUUGAUUCCACUUGAUCAGAGCUCUACUUUCGAGAAAGUAAGGCAUUCACACGAGCUACGUCGAUUUGUAAUAUUUGAUGAGGAAUUAACAGUCCAUCUGAGGCCAAACAAUGCUCAGACACAGAUUCGAAAUUUUAUGGUUUGGAUCAAUGACGCUAAAGUUUUACAAUUACAAGGAUUAGCACCUUUCCAAAAAAUAGUAGAUCAAGAUGAGCAGACUAGAUGGAUUUUGAGAUCAGAAGUUAGAGAUAGUUUGUUUAGAUCAAGUGUCGUUAUGAAUAAUGGGUAUAACAACCAGAUCAAAUUUACCGUUGAAUACAUGGAAGAUAACAUAGAAGGAUCUAGUAACGAGGCUACACCUAUGAAUAAUGGCGGUGAUGCCGAUGACGAUUUUAUCCCCAGUUUUGAGACAGUAUCGCCACUAGUAAGUGAAUCUUCUACACCUGUGAUCGGUUCGCCUGUGAGAUCUCGAACAGUGACUAAUGAUGGGGCUGAUGAAAUUAAAAGUGUUAGUCUUCAAUUUCCAAUCUAUUCUUUACUCAACAUGAGACUAAGAAAUUCUUUGCUCAAAAACAGUCAUUGCAUUAUUUCGUCAUUAGAUUUCCAAACUUCCAAAGCUUCUUUGCAAUUUACUGAGCAAUACUUACGAAAUAAGAACCACCAAGAGGGACAGGAUCCCUCUUCCAGUAAUGACGAGUUAACCUUAGAAUUCCAUCAAGUCAGUUACGAGCUGGUGGAUAAAAGUAAUCGAUGUCCUUUAAACCCUAUAAGACCAUUCCCCGUACCGUUCCAAUGUGUGGCUCAUGAUAGUUAUAAUGUCAGUUAUCAAUUACCCCUGGUACCAGAUGGAGGCAAUUCCCCUCAUAGAGUAAAGAUUACAUUGAAAUACGACUUGUCGCUAUCAGAAGGUAAAGUACCUAUCUCUACAACUUGGGAGACCGAUGUUACAUUAAAGAAGCCCUUGGUCAGUACUCCCAACCCAACAUCAACAUCUUUGCCCGCAUCUAGAAUGUAUGCACUUGGAUCUCGAAUGAAUCUCGUGGGAUCGACCACCUCGUUUACGAAUAAUAAAUUGAACAACGUGAAAUUCAAAUUUCUGGAUAAAAACAUCACCACUUAUAGAGGAGAUCAAUUUACUAUGACUUUACAAAUCGUUAACUCCUCCUUGCAGCCUCUAGAUUUAGUCAUCUACUACAACAACAAGAAUCCUCCACCAUUACCACCUGCGUCGGCUCCAUUGUCAUUGGAAAGACAAUAUCAGAUGCAUAAAAGAUACCAUAGAACCAUGGAGGGGGUAAUAUUGCUUUCUAACGACUACAAAGUGCCCAUUAUAGGACCACAAGAAACUUAUUUUGUCCAAUUGAAUUUCGUGGGAAUAAUGUCAGGUUAUUAUUCUACUCUGCCGGGUCUGAAGAUAGUUGAUCUACAAAAGAACGAAUUGAUAGAGGUCGGAUUAGGAGCAUCAAUACUUAUCAAAUAA